GUUUCUGAUAACAUUUACUUUAUGCUGGCAAGUGAAGCAAAUUGUCUCUAGCAUGUCUUGUGAGUUACUUUAGAAUUUGUACCAUUGUUAAAUAAUAAAUUAUUACUAAGAUGAGCCAGAUACUAAAUGUUAUUACCUGUGAUAGAGUAUGUGAUUACUGUUAUAAAUCCUUAUCAGUAACUCCAGUCAAAGUUUAUCCGAACAGAAAAAUAAAAUGUGGCAGAUGUUUAGCAAGCUACAAGGGCGAAGAGGACAAUGGUGUGGUUUCCAUGUAUAACCAAAUUGCUACAAGAAGUUUUUUCGAGUGUAUUAACAAGUUUGAUGGAUGUACACAAUUAUUGGAAUCAUCGGAAGUAGUUGAACACGAAAAAAUGUGUUUAUCCAAGAAGUACAAAUGUCCCAUUUGUUUGAAAGAAAUGUUUACCUUUUUAAUAAUUCGUCACUUUAAACUAAAUCACUCCGAAUAUUUAUUAGAAAAACCUAAUUUUCAAGUAACUGACUUAAGGAAUAUAGAAAAAACAUUUUUGUACCAAUUAGAAUCAGAUUUGCUUUUUGUAAACUUCCGCGAUGUAUCUGAUUCAUUUGCGGAUGGUUCAAGGAGUUUUUUAUUAAACUUUGUAUUAAAUUUGGAAAAAAAGGAUUUAAUAAAAAAUUUAAAAGUGGAUUUCUUCGAGAAAAACGUUGACAUUUUAAAUAAAAAUAUAUACUCAAGUGGAAAUAGAUUAGUUACAUAUAAUGUAACUUUAAAUAUUACAAAUAAGUCAAAGUUGUUGGUAAUGUUUCAUUUAAAUAGGGUCGAAUUGAAAAGUACCGUUCUCAAAGCUACACAAAACAAAAUAAAUCAUUCUGAUUUUGAUUCUCUUUCAAAAACAUUUCAUAAUCAGCUGGGAGAAUAUUUAAAAACACUUUUACUUCAGAAACGCGAAUUUUCUUUUUCGCGCCAACAUUUAUGCACCCGUGCUAGGAAUAGGCUUAAUAAACAAACAUAUCCAAAUCCAAAAUCAGAGAUAACAAUUAAUACCAUUACAUUUAGUUGUUAUUAUUGCUCAUUAAUUUACCCAAAUUUACACAAAGAUAAUUAUUAUUUAAUUGGAAAUAAUGGUAAUUAUUACAUGAAGUGUCCAUGUACUACCAAUAAUAGUAAACAUUUAGUUACAGAGGAAGGUCUUACAUCAAUAGAUUUAAAGAACAUUUUGUUCAGCUGCAUCUGGCGUUGUGGAUCAGUUUUUGAUUAUAACCAGUUGUAUACACAUGAAAUACAAUGUGAAAAACAAGUUAGUCAAAAAUGUCCCAUUGAAUCAUGUUGCUAUUAUUUCAAGAUAUACGAAAUGGAAAAUCAUGUUAAAAAUAAACAUUCGUCAGUAAUUUUCAAAUCAACAAAUUUGCGUAAUAAUUAUUAUGAUUAUAAUAAUUAUAAUUAUAAUAAUAGUAAUAUGAUACCUACUUCCAUACAGUUAAAUUUACAUGAUUCUUAUAAAUUUACCAAAGAACAUAUUAUGUUAUUAUGGUGUGUCUGCGUUCAUGUUAAAUUUAAAUGGGAACAACCAAUUUUGACUAUUAGUUUUACUUACGAAAUACCAGAUAUAAAAAUACAAGCUAAAAUAUUUGAUCGUUACAAUACGACAGAAUUAUCUACAGUAACCGAAAGUGGUUCAGUUCCACUCAGGAAUGAUAUAAUACAAGUAAAUCUACAUGGAAUAAUUUCUAAAGAGAAAAUUAAAAAUAAGUGUUAACAUGAAACAAAUUAACAAAUGCGAUACGAACCAUACAAAUAUCUACUAUUGAUUUAAAAUUUUAUUUAUUCAUUAUUUCAGAACAAACUAUUUUGGGCAAUAGAGCUUUUUUCCAAAAUGAACUGAUACCUCGGGCCCCCACAGCCAAAUUACCUAAAAAAUCCUAUUUCUAGUUUUUUCCUACUAAUACAAAAUACUUACCAAUUUAAAAACUUUGCUGUUGGUUAUUUCCAAAUGAAUUUGAAAACUAUAAAAGAAGAACACCUAAGAAUUGGUAGACAUUUUUUUAAUAAAUCAGAGCAGUUGCUGAUGCUAAUAUCAAUAAUGCAACUUUAAAAACAAUCAAAAUAAAAGCUUAAAUAAUUAUAAAAAAAGCCGAAAUUUCAAAUUAUAUACGCGAUUUAUGAUCGAUGACCCCAUAUGCCUUUCACAGGAAAACGGUAUCUGGUUGCUGACUCUAUUUUUUUCUCCUAGUAACAUUUCAAUAAAAUAAGGUCAGUCUGAUAGCAUAGCUUGUAACGAUAACAUUCAUAUUAAGUACUAAAUAUAAUUUAUUUUGGGUUUUUAUUUAAGAAUUAGUAAUAAAAAUUCUUUUUAAAAACAAUCCUCUCAACGAGAGACUUACCAUUGUCUACCUUCUUUACCGAUAAUUUUAGUACACGCAUUCGUUUAUAGAGUCAGUCGACUUGUUCCCAUCAAGGAUUUCAAACAUUCUAUACGGAAUAUAGUUUUGAACAUUUAAAGCCAAACGGAAGAUGAAAUUUGUACCUAUUCAAGAGUACCAGUAAUUAAAAUAAUGGCAACAUUGAUAAAUCACUUUGCACGCGUAUGUAUUUGUGACUACAUCGUAUUUUAGAUUUUCUUGUUUUAUUUCAUAAAGCUGUAAAGUCAUUUAGUAUAAUUUUCUUAAAAACUGUUAAUUUGGAUUUGCAUUUAAAAGGAACUAAUUUUUUUAAUAUAAAAUAUAAUUUGUUCAAUUUAAAAAAAUAUUACUAACGUCAUAGUUUCGUGAAAUAGAUAACACACUGCAUAAAUGGCUUCAAAAGAAGAAUUUACUUACGACCUGUCAAACAAUAGCUGCUAGUGAGCAGGGCUCUUAUAUCUAAGAGGGUUGCGACAUUUUCUUCCAUCUUGGACGCUAUUUUUACUUGAAAUAAUAGUCGCCAAAAUUGUGUUCAACGUAAAAUAAUUAAUUUUAAUCCCUUAUUCAUGAUUCAUGUAGAUAGAACACAUCGUAUGUACCGCCAACAAGUUCUUUUGUUUUGAAUGCCUAAAUCAGUAUUAAGCUGCGUAAAGACCGUGUCAACGAAUGCCAACAAAGGGGUUUCGUUGGCGCGGCAUAGCCGACUAGCGGAAUCGUAGCGGUAACAUCAAAGGAGUGGGCGACUCGAACGUAUGAAAUGUGGACGGAACUCCAUAUGAUUAUCAUCCCAUAAUGAACAUUUAAUUCGGAUACAUGCUCAAACGAACGUUUGAUCGAACAACAAAUACAUGUAUAUUGUAUAUUAACGACGCGACUCCCAAAUUAGAUUUUGUUAAAAAAAUUAGCAAAGUUACGAUUAUCUUGACUAUUUUCAAUGUUUUUUUAUGUUCAAAAUAACUGAAAAAUUUUUUUAGAAAAGGUUUCAGCGUAACUCAGAUUUAACUUAACAUGUACAUAGGUAUUCAUUGUCAAAUAUGUGUAAUGUUAGGACAAAGGACCUUCUUAUUUUACAUGUUGUAAUGAAACCAAAGUCGAAUUGAAAAUGUAACUUGUCUUUAUUUUAAUCCAAAAGUAUGUAUUACAUUUUUUAACCUUGCAGUAUAUAUUGAAAAACCAUCGAAUUAAACAAAUUACUUCAUAUUGCUUAGGUGUCAAUACAGGUAACCUAAUUAAUUCCAUAGUUCUUCGUUAACAAUAAUUAAUUACAAUAUUAUGAUAUAUAUUUACAAGUAAUAAAAUUAUACUUAAGCCUAUUUAAAACUUAAUAACUAAGGCCGGCAGUAUGAAUACAAUACACAUAGUGAACAUUAGACAAAUGUGAAUAUAAAACUAAGAAAAACUAGAAUAAAAUAUAAAAAAUGAUUACACCGAGAGCUAAAUCCACACAACUUCUGGUUUAAAAAGUCAACGCCUUAUCCACAAACCACAUUCGGUAGAUGUAUUUGUUUGCGAGACGGUGUAAUAACGAUGCAAAAGCCAAAGUAUUUAUAUAAAGCCAGCUCUGUACCAGAACACUCUGGGCGAUCCAGAACGUCCGGGAACUCCCUCUCUAUGACUCAACGCCAAUUAAAUAAAAUUUGUAUUUAUUUCAAGUUUAUUUUAUAUUUUAAAUUAGUAAAAGUCAUAAAUUAUUUUUAAAUCAAUUAUUUUAUCUCUUUGGCAUAAAUAAAUAUGUUCAUAACAUCUAUUAUUCUGUACA